UUGAAAAUUAAAAGUGGAAAACUUCAUCUUUUCAUCAUGGAUACGCUGCUCCAGAGAAUUUCUGGGUUUUUUGGCGGUCCUGGACUCAAAACUGAGAAUGUUGAGUAUGUGGAAGAAGCACACAAAACAUCUUCGAAUGAAGCUCAAGAAACUUCGAGUCAGGAAACGCGGAAGCCAAAGGAGUACUCUCAACCUGAUACCACGGAGCCCAUAACCUCGGGGGAUGUGCCAACCCCAGAUUUAAGUUUGCCAAAGUUGAGGGAGCAAACCUUGCCGCCCAUAAACUACGAGAUGGAGUUCGUUGACUUUGUGGAUCGCAAUGCUCCUAAGGGUAUGUCGAAGAAAAUAAUGGAGAUGUUGCCCUAUUUGCAAGUCAGCUUCCUGUCCUGGCCAGCUUUUUGGUUCUGGCGCGGCUAUAACUGGCAGUACAAACGCAGAACGGAGAGGAUUGGCUUCUACAUUCAAAGGACCUAUCAGCAGGCCAAGCUCAUGCAGUUGGCCAUCAUAGCAGCUGGCUUGUUGACAGUAUCUAUGGGUCGUCCGGCAGGCAUUCCCAUAGAACUGCAGACAGUUAAAAACGAAAACCCAGAAACUGACAUUGUUGAGGACUCCUCUUAG